CGGAUGUAAGUUAUGCAUUGAAAAGCCAAAAUGGCGAUGAUGUCGAGUUUUCUUCCAGCACCAACCCAAAUUACACAAGAUGAAUUUGAUGAGAUUGACAGGACGUCACAGGAGAUGCGAAUGGUGAGUGUAUCCAUGUGUAAAGCUCCAUCUUAUGGCACUAGGAAAGGAUGGGUUCCUCGCGUACCACAGGACUUUGGCGAUGGAGGUGCAUAUCCAGAGAUUACUGUUGCACAGCAUCCACUGGACAUGGGAAAGAAAAAGAAAAUCGGUUCAUCUAAUGUUAUCGCAAAAACUGUAGAUGCUGAGGGAAAGCUGAAAUAUGAUGCAAUCGCCAGACAUGGUCACGGUAAAGAUAAGGUUGUUUAUUCAAAGUUUACUGACCUCCUUCCCAAACACAUAACAAAUGAAGAUGAUCCCGAAUUACAGAAGCCGGAUGAUGAAGAAAUUCAAGAGACAACAGAGAAAACCAGAAAAGCUCUUGAAAAAAUGGUGCAGAGUAAAAUAUCAGCUGCGAUGCCAGUGAGGCAUGCAGAAAAACAGGCACCAGCCCAAUAUAUAAGGUACACUCCAUCCCAGCAAGGUGUUUCAUUUAAUUCUGGUGCCAAGCAAAGAGUCAUCAGAAUGGUGGAAGUUCAGAAAGAUCCAAUGGAACCACCAAAAUUCAAGGUUAAUAAGAAGAUUCCUAGAGGACCACCUUCUCCUCCAGCGCCAGUUAUGCAUUCACCAAACAGAAAAGUCACUGUGAAAGAACAGCAAGAAUGGAAAAUACCACCAUGUAUAUCUAACUGGAAAAAUGCAAAGGGUUACACCAUUCCACUUGAUAAGCGUCUUGCAGCCGAUGGCAGAGGACUUCAGAGCCAACAAAUUAAUGAAAACUUUGCGAAAUUGGCUGAAGCAUUGUAUAUUGCUGAUAGAAAAGCUCGAGAAGCUGUGGAACUCAGGGCCCAACAAGAGAAGAAGCUUGCACAAAAACAGAAGGAAAAGCAGGAAGAGAAUCUUCGUGCCUUGGCACAGAAAGCAAGAGAAGAACGAGCUGGCAUUAGACGAGGAGGUGAUCAUGAUGAUGAUGUUGUUCGAGAGAGAGACAAGAUUCGCGAAGAGAGACACAGGGAUAGGCAACGUGAAAGAAAUAUUGCAAGGGCAGCUCCAGAUAAAAGGAACAAGCUUCAGAGAGAGCGUGAAAGAGAUGUCAGUGAGAAGAUUGCCUUAGGUAUGCCAGGUGCUGGGGGAAGGGGAGGUGAUGAUGCUCAGUUUGACCAAAGAUUAUUCAAUCAGAACAAGGGAAUGGACAGUGGUUUUGGUGCAGGGGAAGACGAGUCGUACAAUGUGUACAGUGAACCAUGGAGAAAAGAUCAGAAUGUUGCCCAGUCAAUUUAUAGACCCAGCAAAAAUAUUGAUAAAGACAUUUACGGUGAUGAUUUAGAGGCACUUAUGAAAAAUAAAAGGUUUGUUCCUGGAAAAGAGUUUGAGGGUACUGACAGAACACGAAGGAGAGAUGGACCUGUGCAGUUUGAGAAAGAAGAGGAAGAAGAUCCUUUCGGUUUGGAUAAGUUCUUGUCCCAAGCUAAAGAGGCCAGUAAAAGACCAAAUGUUGGUGGUAGAUCAAAGGACUAUGACUAUGACAGUAGAAGUAAAAAGAGGAGAGAAUACUGAGAGAUUCUUGAUUUUCUAUCUGGAAUACAAACUUUUUUUAACCACUGCCCAAAUAAUGAAAGAUGUGUUAAGUUCAUCAUAAAGUGUUGUAGGUUAAAUGGUGGUAAUUAAUAUAUAACAUUCUUAAGAAGACUCACUGGUAUUAUGUGAUCAUUGCAGUAAAUUUAGAUCUGUAUUUGGAGACGUGUCCAUCUUUAUAGUGCUGAUUUAACUGAUUGGAUAGGUGUCAGUAUACAGGGCAUGGUAUGAUUUGUCGCGUAAAGUAUUACUAAAACCCAAGUUGGUUUGAUUGCAGUGUUAGAAGAUCAGUCUUAUUCUUUGCAAUUGGUAUUGAAAGCAGCCCCCCAUUGCACAUUUGUAUGAUCACAAGCAAUUGACCUGGUUAUAGUAGACAUUGUAUUCCUCCAUGCACAUGUGUGUACAGCAUUAUUUGGGUAAAGU